AUGUCUGAUAAUUGGGAUGUCACAUCCCUAAUGGAAAUGGGGAUUGAUCAUGACGUUGCGAUGGAUGCAAUGAAAAGAGUGAAUGGUAAUUUACAAGAUGCUGUUAAUUUUAUAUUUUCGAACGAAUUACCAGAACAUCUAACAAACAAUAACAUUAAUAAUAAUAAUAAUGGUACUGAUGAUAAGGCGAGGAAUAUAGAUUCUGUGCCGCUUAAUGUAGGCCCAAUUGAUUUGUCGGUCAAUCCAACGCAUAAUGAUAAGAAUUCUAACGAAAAACCCAGUGCUAAUGACUUGAUAGAUUUUAAUUCAUCGGAAUCUUCUAACUCAGAUUUCAAUAUGCAUACAGAUAAUGAGAAUCUCACAAAUAGCAUACAAUUACGUCAGGACUCUGUAUCACAGCAACAAAUUCCUCAAACUAAAUAUAUACCAUCAGGAGACUCCUCGGUAGCAUCGUCAGAAUCGUCUUCAAUAUUAUCUGGUUCUGGAAUAGAGCACAGUAAAAAGAAUGCUACAGAUUCUUGUGAACAGUUAGAAAGUUCAAAUAAUGAUUGGAGUGAAGAACCUCCAUCAUAUAGUAUAAUGCAACAUUCUAUUCAUAAGACAGAGAUUAAUGAUCCAACAGUUUUAACACCUUUACCAGUGAACUCUGUUAUGGAAAACUAUUUGGCAUUAUAUGCUUUAGCUAUGGCAUAUUAUGCAUCAAACCUUUUUUUGUUACCAGAUUUUAAGAAUUUAAAUUAUGAUGAAUCAUGGUAUAAAGGUAAUAAGAUAUCAGAACCAUUAUAUAAAUUGAAAUUUUCUAAUGACUCGUCAACGGAUCCUUCUUCAAUCAAUGAAUCACUGGAUAUUCCUAAAAAAGUUGAAAUAGUUCAGUCAUCUUCAAUUGAAUAUCCUUCUGAAUCCCAACCAGAAACCUUAUGGCAAUUACAGAAGUUGAUAUCGGCAUGCUGUUCCAAGUUUUCAGAAAGAUCAUUUGUGUCUGCCAAAUUAAUAUCUAAAUCUUUUGAUUCCAAUGUUCAACAAAAAUUAGCAGAGGCCGAACAUGUGCAUGAGGUGCUCCCAACAUUUAUUAAAUCUCUAAUAACAGAUCUUCAACUGUGCUCUGCUUCAGAUGCAUCUAGUAUUAGCAAAACGUUCGUUUCUACGGCAGUUCAUAAACCAUCCAGUGAAGAGCCAUUUCAAGAGACAUAUCUAACCUUAUUUCAUUUCCUACCAGAGGAGUAUGAUUCUACUUUAUAUAAGAUGUUUAACGUAUUAUUAUACCCUGAGGAGGCUAUGGAAUACCCUAAUGGAAGUGAUAGUGAUGAUGACGAUGACGACGACGAACGGGAUAGUUCUUUGAAAGUUAUUUCACCUAUUUUUACAGUUCUUUUAAGUGAAAUGGACGAAACAACUAAUGAUAAUAUGGCAUAUACAGAUGGGAUUGACAUUCCGUUUGAAUUUUACCCUCAAAUAUACACAAAAAAAUGUAAAGAUCAACUUAUCAAGCAUAUUAUUGAAAAGAGAAAUAAUGCCCAUUUUGAACUUAGAAGUAUUCUGAAUGAUUUGAAUAAAUUAAAAAGUUAUCAAGGAAAAGAUCUUUUUAUGUUCUUAAAUAGCACAUUAGAAUAUUUACAACAGGAUGAAAAGGUAUCUAAUGAAAAAGGUAAAGAAAUUUUAUCAAUUAUUUCACAAAUUGAAAGUAUAAAGACACAAAUCAACGAAAAGAAAGAUAACAAAAAGGAUCAAUACAAAGAAAUAUCACAGAAAUUACAUAAUGAAUGGAAUUUGACGUACCCAGAAACACAUAUAAUUAAAACAGCAAAACAACUAAAUUUGAUAGAUUCUCCCUAUCUAUUAAGCAUGUUAGUGAUUUCACCACAUCUAUAUUUCUUAAGAGACAGAUUAGAUAAGAACAAAUGGACUCAGGUUAAAUGUAAUACGAUAGGUACGGACUUUCGAAUAUCAAAGUCAAUAACAGAAGUACAAUUGAAAGAAUAUAUUAAGCAAUGCACGCGGGCGCCAAAUGAAACACCAAUCAUGUUUACGUAUAUUAAAGAGGAUUUCUAUAAUGAACAGCAGACAUCUUUGGCAAGAAAUUUCGAGAACAACGAAGGUUGCCAACAAUUUCACAAGGCAGAUCAAUUGUAUUUAUUAAGUACUAAAUAG